AUGUCCUCCAAAUCCUCUGUCAUCCAUCCCAAGCCCUUUCUCGCCUCGCUCACAGGCAAGCCCGUCAUUGUUAAGCUCAAGUGGGGCCUCGAAUAUCGAGGUCACCUCACCUCCGUGGACAACUACAUGAAUCUGCAGCUGGAAAACUCAGAGGAAUGGAUCGACGGCGCCAUGGCUGACAAGCUUGGCGAGAUUCUCAUCCGCUGCAACAACGUCCUCUACAUCCGCCCCGGUCUAGCCGCAACCGCGUCCGAGCCGGCGGACCACGCUCAGAAAGCGUAA